UGUAGUCAGUGAUACGGUGCUGCCCUGCAGGGCCAAUCAAUUACUUCCAAUCUUCUCUGAGCACUGAUUGUGAUCCACAGGUUCACUGCAAAAUGUAUUAACAUCUGUGAUGAUUUGUUUCUUGUAGUUUACUCAGUAUUCAAUCAAGAGGAAUCGACCGGAGUAACAUAUGUUUCUGCCAUCCGUUUAUCCAAUGUUACGUUGGUGGGCUACACUGGCAUGCAGCUUGAAUCUGGAACCACAAUCACCUGGUCAGUUCUACAUCCUUCUGUACACAGUGUCAUUUUGGUUCACACCUUUGGGACAACCGACGUCCACUAUGGUGACUUCUACCAGCUCCGUGUCCUGUACAACAUGACUACUGCAUCUCUCCAGUUGCUAAAUGCAGAUCUGGCAGACAGUGGGAUUUAUGAGACUCUCAUAUCGUACCCUGGCUUGGAUGGAAAGAAAAGUCACUAUCACAGCAUUCUUUACAUUCAGGAAAUGUUGAAAGUGCCUCUGAUAAUCCAAACUCGAAUUGACAUUAAUCAGAUUAUACGUCUGAAAUGUAUUGUGAAAAAUGGGGAAACAGACACAAUUUUAUGGUUGAAAAGCGGCGUAGCUCUGCGUAACAGCAAGGUUUAUAAAAUAUCACCCAGCAACAGAACAGUGAGUUUUAGCAGUGCUCGUGUCGCUAACUGUGAAACAUACACUUGUGUCAUCAAAAACAAGAUCAGCGAGAACCACAGAUCCCAUGUACUUCUAAUUGAGGGAUUGAUGGAUCUCCACCAAUAUUCGUUCGUGUUGUCUGUUCUGUCGCUGGUCAGCACAAUAACAACCUUUUGUGCAUCGGCCUUCAUCAUCUUUUAUGCUCUGGGUGCUUACCGAGUUCACAAGCGACAUGUACAGCUGACAGCUCUCUUCGUCUUGUUCCAGCUCAUCUCCUUCGUCUUCUUACUUGUGGCGUCACUCUUCUGUCUGGUUGAUCCAAACUUUUCCACCAUGUACAAAGUUCUCGAAGGCUUGAUAUUUGUCACUGUGUUAACAAUGAUUGUAUAUGUUCUCCUGAUAUACCUCCAACCUGAAAACCAACUCAAAAGAUCGUUUUUGUUAAAGAGAUAUCAGCGCAACAUCUUUCUGGUGUAUGAAAUCUGUGCCAUUUUCCUUUCAUCCAUACCACUCUACCAGGGACAACGUUCCCUUAAGAAUUGUGGACAGUCAGAAGAGGAUGUUGUGGGGGUGGCAGCCACCACCCUGGUGAUUUACCUUUAUGUUGUCGGUGUGCCAUUCCUCAUCUUCGUCAAGUACAUGAGGUCGUGGAGGAUUGUUCGCAGACUCAGUAGAGUACCAUCACGUUUAAACUGAAAAGCUCAGAGGCAGAAAUGUUGAUCCCAGGGCAAAGUACCACGUUUGUGUUCUAAAGUCACGGGGAUUGUAGGCAUCCGGAUUACCAUCACACAAACCCAACAACUCUGGUGAGAUAAUAAAAUGGUGGUGAAUUCAGAAUAAUCACGGACAGACUUUGUCACAUAGAAACAUAGAAACAUAGAAAAUAGGUGCAGGAGUAGAGGCCAUUCGGCCCUUCGAGCCUGCACCAUUCGCCAUUCAAUAUGAUCAUGGCUGAUCAUCCAACUCAGUAUCCCGUACCUGCCUUCUCUCCAUACCCCCGAUCCCUUUAGCUACAAGGGCCACAUCUAACUCCCUCUUAAAUAUAGCCAAUGAACUGUGGCCUCGACUACCCUCUGUGGCAGAGAGUUCCAGAGGUUCACCACUCUCUGUGUGAAAAAAGUUCUUCUCAUCUCAGUUUUAAAGGAUUUCCCCCUUAUCCUUAAGCUGUGACCCCUUGUCCUGGACUUCCCCAACACCGGGAACAAUCUUCCUGCAUCUAGCCUGUCCAACCCCUUAAGAAUUUUGUAAGUUUCUAUAAGAUCCCCUCUCAAUCUCUUAAAUUCUAGAGAGUAUAAACCAAGUCUAUCCAUCUUUCUUCAUAAGACAGUCCUGACAUCCCAGGAAUCAGUCCGGUGAACCUUCUCUGCACUCCCUCUAUGGCAAUAAUGUCCUUCCUCAGAUUUGGAGACCAAAACUGUAUGCAAUACUCCAGGUGUGGUCUCACCAAGACCCUGUACAACUGCAGUAGAACCUCCCUGCUCCUAUACUCAAAUCCUUUUGCUAUGAAAGCUAACAUACCAUUUGCUUUCUUUACUGCCUGCUGCACCUGCAUGCCUACCUUCAAUGACUGGUGUACCAUGACACCCAGGUCUCGCUGCAUCUCCCCCUUUCCUAGUCGGCCACCAUUUAGAUAAUAGUCUGCUUUCCUGUUUUUGCCACCAAAAUGGAUACACAAAGGACAGCCCAGAGGCUAGCAGAAGAUUUAAUAGGACAGACUCAGCGUGAUUAGUAUAUGGAAUGAGGGGGCAAAGGUUGAGGCAGGUACAAUAACAAUUUCAAAAACACUUGGACAGGUUCAUAAGUCACGGUGGCGCAGCGGUAGAGUUGCUGCCUUACAGCAUAAUGCAGCGCCAGAGACCCAGGUUCGAUCCCGGCUACGGGUGCUGUCUGUAUGGAGUUUGUACGUUCUCCCUGUGAUCGGUGUGGGUUUUCUCCGAGAUCUUCGGUUUCCUCCCACACUCCAAAGACCCACAGGUUUGUAGAUUAUGUAAAAAUUGUCCAGUAUAAAAAAUGGUCCAACUUCCAGUGCUGAGUGAUGCUCUACCUAGAGCUUUUCAGCGAACUACAUCCAGAUCCAGAUACAUAGGAAGUGAUCAGAGGGAUAUGGGCUAAAU